AUGCCUAGUGAGGGAUGGGUUAAAGUCAACACUGAUGGUGCUUCGAGGGGGAAUCCGGGAAAGAGUUCAAUUGGGGUUUGUGUGAGGAAUCAGGAAGGUGAUGUUAUUUAUGCUCUUGGAAAGGAGAUUAAUGAGGCAACCAAUACUGAAGCUAAAGCACUUGCAUUUCUGGAGGCCUUAAAGAUAGGCAAUGAGCACAAUUACAAUAAUGUUUGGCUGCAAACUGAUUCCAUGCCGAUAAAGAAAUUUGUUGAAGAAUUGUGGAAAACUCCUUGGUGUAUUGUCAAAUAUAUGGAGGAAAUUUGGCAACUAAUGGGCAGGGGUAAUUACAGGGUGUCACACAUCUACAGGGAAGGAGACAAACAAGCGUACUACCUUGCCAACUAUGCUAUCGAUAUAGGAGACAUUGAAUUCCAUGGCUUUAGGCAGCUGGAUUCAAAGGGAAGGAAAAUAGUCAAUCAAGACAAACUCCAAUGCCCAUAUUUGAGGGUGAAAGUUGCAAGGAAUUAA